CUCACUCAUUUGUCAAUUAAGACAAAAGUGAGACAUCCCCUCUCCCUCCAACCAUUGAGCUCGACCAGACCAUCCAAGGGAGAGAGAAGGAGCUUCAAAAUCACCUCCAUUGCUGCAAAUUUGAGCUCAAGCUUUAGUGCUCAAAGGAAGAAGAUUAAAGAGGGAAAAAGUUGGGAAAAGUGUGAACAAUUAAGGAACUUGUAAAGGGUAUUUCAAGUGAUUUCACAAAGUUGGAAAAAGUCGCCGGAGUUGUCGCCGGAGUUGACCGAAAGUCGCCGGAGUUUCACCGGAGUUCAACCAAGAAGGGUAGAACUUCAUAACGCUAAUUCAAGGUUGAAGCUAGGGCUUGCUACUUGCACCUUCUCACGGGUGGUAUCAUAUCGGGAAGACGUGAAAUGGAGGGCAGGCGAAUGGGGACCAGGAACAACCCGAGGGGGCAGACGCCGGUAGCAUCCCAAAGGGGAAGCCGGGCUGCAUCUCGGGGUUCAAGAGGAGGCCGUGGGGGUCGUGGAAGCCGUGGAGGUCAUCAAGCUCAAACUGUGAGUGAUGGCCAUGUAAGCUCGGUGUAUGAAACCAACACCGAGGACUAUGACUCGACCUACGUUCCAGAAACGGAGCAUGAGGAGACCCCGUAUGAUGGGGGUGACACAUACACCGAUGAUGAUGAUGAAGAGAGUGAUGCCAAGUUCGCCCAAAUGGACGAAUUGCUUGAGUGGUAUCAAAAAGAAAAGCUGAGGAGAGACCUUAGGCGCCAAGCAAGGCGUGGCUCUCGCGGUGGUUCGGGUCAAGGAAGCCGGGGAGCUUCAAGGUCCACUCCCGUAGCGCCACAUGAUGGGCGUGAGGGAGGUUUUGUUGUGAGAAUCUCCAAGUACCUCAAGGAGGCUAGGGCCUUGGGGUGUAAGUCCUUUGACGGCACCGGUGACAUUACCGUUGCCGCCGACUGGAUAAAGAAGGUGAAGGAUGCGGCAAAAGACAUGCAAAUUUCACCGGACGUGAAGUUGACUGUUGCUUCACGGCUGCUUGAGGGGAUAGCUUCCACGUGGUGGGAGAGUGUAGAAGGAAAAUACCAUGGGGAGGUCUCGUGGUUGAACUUUGAGCAGGAAUUUUAUGACCAAUACUACACUGACUACGAGAAAAAUGUCAAGCGUAGGGAGUACACCAACCUCAAACAGAAGGAGGGUGUUUCUGUUAAACAGUUGGAGCAAGAUUUUAGAACCUUGGCUAGGUUCUUACCGGAGUACGCGAUCAACGAGGACCGCAUGUCGGAGCACUUUUGGGAUGCCUUACUCUUGGACAUCCGUGAUCGGGCUACGUACUCGCGCCACAUGACCUUUAGCGAGGUGGUGGAGCAGGGCCUUCUUGGGGAGGCUCAAUGGAACGAGAGAAAAGAAAGAGACGCCGAGGAGGCGAAAAAGAGAAAAUGGCAUAAUUCGGGGCCGCCCGAGCAAGCACGGAAGAAUAACCACGGCGGGGGUGGUGGUACGUUCAAGGCGCCGGCACCACCGGCGAAGAAGAACAAGGAUGCUCGGUGGCACGCAUCCUCCUCUCAAAAUACGGGGCCUCCUAAGUGUGCCAACUGUUCAAAGAACCACUUUGGGAAGUGCAACGCACCCCCGAGGUGUUAUCGAUGUGGGAACACGGGCCACAUGAAGGCCAAUUGCCCACAAUUGGGGGGAGGAGGAGCUCCGGGAUCCGGAGGAGGAACCAUGACGGGAAGAAACCGUGCGGGCCCGUCAAACGGCGGUACGGGAAGGGGCGGUGCGUCCACAAGUCAUGCCGCGUCCGUCAACCAAGGUGGGACCCAAGCACGAGUGUACGCAAUGACCGAGGCGGAUGCGCGAGCAAACCCGGACUCUGUUGCAGGUAAUACACUUAUGUUCCUGUAUUUCUAGGCUUAUUUGGGUCAUACGAGUCAUUGGGUUUGGGUGCGGGCCACCCCGGGGUCAAACCCCGCGAAUUCGGGGCGAAACGGGCUAAAAACAACUACGCGCGAUCGCGCGUACCUACAGACGCACGACCGUGCGUGCGAGGCAGCAGCCUCUGGCCGUUUUCCGCGCAGACGCACGCCGUGCGUGCAGGUAAGGCACGCCGUGCGUGGGACGCACGAUCGUGCGUGACCAGCUACGCACGAUCGUGCGUAGCCGGCAGUGGCGGAUUCCGAUUUUCUCACGCACGCACGACCGUGCGUGCCACCCAGGCACGCCGUGCGUGGACCCCCAACACCCGAAACUUGAUUUUUCCGCCCCGUUCUUCUACGUUUGGACCCCCGUUUGAUUCCAAACAUUAGUAUGAGCCUAAUAACCUCCUAAAGAUGUGUUAAAACAUUAGAAAAUGUAUCUUACAUGUGUAUAAAUGUAGGAACAUUAAAGAUCAAUGGUAGGUGUGCGAGGAUCCUCAUUGAUACCGGGGCACAACGCUCAUUUGUGAGUGAGGCGUUCGCCGAGGGCCUUGACGUGCCAUUGACACCUAUGACUCAAACGUUGCUAGUCUCCACACCGUUAGGAGACGACGUGGAGAGAAAUCAUUACUAUCCGUCGUGUGAGGUAGAAGUGACGGGUCAACCUUUGACUUGUGAUUUCGUACCUCUAAGCAUGUUGGAGUUCGAUGCAAUCCUAGGAAUGGAUUGGCUCGAGAAACACCAUGCCCGAGUAGAUUGCUACACCAAAGUGUUGGAGCUCGAGGAUGAUCAAGGGAACACGCUAUGCUUUGAGGGAGAUCGGGGGAAACCUAGUGCUUGUAUCAUAUCCGUGAUGAGAGCACGGAAGAUGAUGAGGAAGGGAUGCCACGCGUACCUUGCCUACGUGGUGGACGAUACUAAGAAGGAAGUCGACAUCAAGGAUGUACGGGUCGUGUGCAAGUACCCGGAUGUCUUUCCCAAAGACCUACCGGGGCUUCCACCCGAUAGAGAGAUUGAAUUUGUAAUUGAAGUGGAGCCGGGAACCAAACCCAUUUCGAUUCCUCCUUAUCGAAUGGCACCGGCCGAACUUCAAGAGUUGAAGGUCCAACUACAAGAAUUAUUGGACAACGGAUUCAUCAGACCCAGUCAUUCACCGUGGGGGGCACCUGUACUCUUCGUGAAGAAGAAGGAUGGUACACUAAGAAUGUGUAUUGACUACCGACAAUUGAACAAGGUCACAAUCAAGAACAGGUAUCCCUUACCGAGGAUUGAUGACUUGUUUGAUCAGCUUCGGGGGGCAAUAGUGUUCUCGAAGAUUGAUUUGAGGUCGGGGUAUCAUCAGUUGAAGAUCAAGGAGAGCGACAUACCUAAGAGUGCAUUCCGCACUAGGUAUGGUCAUUACGAGUUCCUUGUGAUGUCGUUUGGUUUAAC